AUGGCAAUCUUUGCAAACUGCGUAUUCUUUAUUAAAGUUAAAUACUUAACCAUUCAGGAGAGGAGCAGACUGAAAGCAUCCAUACAAGAAAAUGGUGGAGUAAUUAAUUUUGUGCUUAAUCACAAGAGUACUUAUGUUCUUGUGGAUACUGCUGAUGUCCUGAGCUGUCGUGAUCUAGAAAAUAUUCAGAAGUACCAGGUUCCUGUUUUAUAUGCAGAUUUCAUUUGGAAAUCAGUUGAAAUGGGGAAGCUUUUAGAGAUUGAUGCAUAUAAGGUUAACAAAUCACAUGAUGACACUUCUGACCAAAGGCCUGGCAGACAGGCUGUGGAAGACCUGUCAUCUUCUAAAAAUAAAAGUGCCACAAAGAAAAAUGAAAACAACAAUUACAACCCUACUUUUAUUGAAGACAGUGAAAGCAGAAAUGAAUCUGAAAGAUCUUACAGUGAAAAUGAUCAAGAUAUUCCCCUUUUUCCCCAAGACUUUGAAGUUGCAAAAUACAGUGUCCUUGAAAAAGUUAACUCCAAUGAAAGCAAAGAUUUUGUAGUUAUUGAGUUGCAGUGUGGCCUGGAGCAUUGUGAGUUUCCAUUUCGACUAUAUGCACACUUCAGUACAUCAGAUGGAGCUAAGAAUCAUAAACAAUUCCUAACUAGUACUGCUGAAGAAAUAAGAGAAAAGUACUGUACUUUCAUUGCAGACCUGAAGAGCCAGGAUUUCCUGCUCAGAGAAACUUUUCCACCAGAAGCAGAAUCUUUAGGUUCUACAAAGUUGCAAAAGUUACUUCUAGAAGAAGCCAUCCAUUCAAGUGUUAUAUGUGAGGAAGUGAGUGACUUUGUGGAAUUGAUCUGGGCAGAAGCUAUUGGCCAUCUGGAUAGUUUACUGCUUGAAUCAGUAAACAACAUAAGCCUAAAUGAUGUGAGCAAAGCAGAAGGUAUUUUACUCCAAGUGAAGAAUGCGCUGGAUGAGGGAGUUGGCGAGGUGGCACUGCGAGAGAUGAUGGUGGAAUUCUAUCAAGUUAUACGUCACAAAAAUGAAAUAGACUACACAGUUUCCAAAAAGUUGCUAUCUAGAAAACAGGACCUGUGUCAGCUAAUCAGAGACAUGCUUAAUAUAUGUGAAACGAGUAUGUCGUGCCCAAACCCAUCAUCUUUGGCCAAGUACCAAGCUCUGAGGUGCAGGAUCGAAGCUGUUGACUCAACAAGUCAUGAAUUCCUCAACGUUAAACAACAAGUGUUAAAAAACAAUUACAAUAACUGUCCAGUGAGAAUUUUGCAAGUUUAUAGGGUUGGCAGAGUAAGUGAAACAGCAGAAUUUCUGAGCAGCCUUGGAAAUAUUCGAUCCUUAUUCCAUGCAUCAUCUGUGCGCAACUUCAUGGGAAUUCUUUCCAGAGGACUUCUGAUGCCAAAAGUGGUUGUUGAAGAUCAUGGUGUGGAAAGAACUGACGCUGGGAAUCUGGGCAGUGGCAUUUACUUCAGUGAUUCUGUUAGUGCCAGUAUUAAGUAUUCUUUACCCAGUGAAAUGGACGGAUCCCGGCUCCUGGCAGUUUGUGAUGUUGCACUUGGGUCCUGCUUGGAUUUGGUUGAACGAGAUUAUUCAUUAAACCAGGCACCCUCAGGGUAUGACAGUGUGCAUGGAGUCCGCAGAACAGCAGGCACCUCUUCAGACUUCGAGGAUGAUGAAUUUGUUGUGUAUAAAACCUGUCAGGUUAAAAUUAGAUAUGUUGUUAAGUUUUGCCUUGCUGAAGAUCAAAUCAAACCAUUUCAUCCUGAAGUUGGGAUGGAACUGGAGCAAGAUACCAGUGAGCUGGAGUCGCCGUGUCAUUUACAACAUGAAAGCUAUGCAUUGCCAAGUGCAAAUCCUUUGAAUCCUGAAAAAACUGGUCUUCAGGACAGAUUGGGAAAUCCUAUCCCUCUGGAAGGUGUUUAUAUCAAGGGGAGGAUAAUAGACUUUGUAGCACAGGUUGUAAUGUUUCAGACCUACACCAAUCAUAACAGUAAGCCAAUUGAAGCUAAAUAUGUCUUUCCUUUGGAUGACAAAGCUGCUGUUUGUGGAUUUGAAGCUUUUAUCAAUGGAAAACACGUAAUUGGACAGGUUAAAGAAAAGAAAAAAGCACAUAGGGAAUAUCGGGAAGCCAUCAGUCAGGGUGAUGGAGCUUAUCUAAUGGACCAGGAUGCACCGGAUGUUUUUGUAAUAAGUGUUGGAAACUUACCUCCAAAUUCUACAGUUGUGAUCAAAAUCACGUAUAUAACUGAACUGAGUUUUCAACAUGGUUCUAUCACCUUUCAUAUGCCUGCUUCUGUGUCACCAUGGCAACAAGACAAAGCAUUAAAUGAAAACACACAGGAUACAGUAAAAAAAGUUUGUGUUAAACAAGUAAAACCACGGAAAAAUGGAUUUUCUGUGGAUAUGUCUAUUGAGAUGCCAUCUAGUAUUCAACGCAUACAUAGUUGGACACAUAAACUUAAAAUAAAGAAAACAGAAUGCAAGGCUGUAAUUCAGACUGUGGAGAACAGCUCCUUGGAUGUUAGUGGCUUUGUUCUAGAUAUCUGGAUUUCACAGGUCUACCUGCCUCGGAUGUGGGUAGAGAAGCAUCCCAACAAAAAGAGUGAGGCUUGCAUGCUUGUAUUCCAGCCAGAAUUUGAAACAGCACUUGAAGAAGUGCAGCUGUCCAGUGAAGUUGUUAUCUUAUUAGAUUGCUCAAAUUCUAUGGCAGGAUCAGCUCUACACCAAGCAAAGCAGAUUGCUUUACGUAUUUUGGAACUAACUGCUUUCAGACAAAGAGUGAAUGUAAUAAAAAUUGGCACAAAUUUCUCAGAAUUUUCUUCUUUUUCAAUGAACAUCAUAACUGAUUUGGAAUCAUUGAAGGAGUUCAUUACAUCUGCCACUGCAACACUGGGAAACACUGACUUAUGGAAGACCCUGCGUUACUUAAGCCUGCUGUUUCCUUCCCAAGGAUGUCGUAAUGUCAUUCUUAUAUCAGAUGGACACAUUCAGAACGAGAGUGUGACCUUCCAACUUGUGAAGGAUAAUGUCCACCACACGAGGUUAUUUACAUGUGGUGUAGGUUCCACAGCAAAUCGACACAUGCUGAGAUCUCUGUCCCAAUAUGGUGCUGGAGCAUUUGAAUACUUUGACUCAAAAUCAAAGUGUAACUGGGAGGCAAAGAUACAGAGCCAAAUAUCUAGAAUAUUUUCUCCAGAAUGCAGAUCAAUUUCUAUUAAAUGGCAACAGUUUGAUAGAGGCGCACCAGAGCCAAUGCAGGCUCCUGCCCAAAUACAGUCUUUAUUUAACAAUGAGAGGCUUCUUGUCUAUGGAUUCAUCCCUCACUGUACUCAGGCCACUUUAAGAGCAAUAGUAAAUAACAAAGAACUACAGACUGUGGUGUCAACUACAGAACUACAGAAGACAACAGGAACAGUGCUGCACAAACUUGCAGCAAGAGCUUUCAUUAAUGACUAUGAAGAUGGGAUUCUCCACGAGAAUGAAACAGAACAUGAGAUGAAGAAACAAACCUUGAGAAACAUGAUUAUUCAUCUCAGCUUGGAGAACUCAAUUAUAAGCCAGUUUACAAGCUUCAUUGCAGUUGAGAAAAGGGAUGCUGCUGAAACUUCUGCUGCUGAUGCUCCGAACAUCCUGGAAAUUAUAGCUCAAGAAGAUGUAGAUUUUUUACCUUAUAUGGACUGGGAUGGAAAGGCAAUGGAUUAUGGCUUCAUAUUUGCUGGAGGAGUUAGCUAUCCCCCGGAACCGCUCAAAAAAGAAACCGCUCUGACUCAAGACAAUUCACUUCAGGCAUCUGCACUUAGAAAAUCUGGUGUUUUCAUGGAUGCUCCUAAACCUGCUCCUCCUCCUGCUCCUCCCCUUUGCUCUUCUUUUCUAGAAUUGGUGGGAGGCACAAAACCACUUUUUUCUCCUUGUGUUCCUCCUCCAACGGCAGGUUCAGCAUUGUUUGGUUCACCUGCCCCCACAUGCACAAAUUCUGAAAAGACUAAUGUUGAAAACCAAGUCACUCCUGAAUUCAGUGGUUUUGGUAGAUCAGCAGCAGCAGUAAUGCGACUAUCAAAGAAAAAGGCAGUACCAAACUGUAAUGAUACAACUCCUGAUGAAGGAUUUACAGGGGACUUUAGUGCUGGGGAACAAUCAAGGUACUUUAUAACACCAGAUAAAGAAAGGAUUCAACAGGGACGUGAGUUGACUUCGGUAAACUGGAAAGAAAUUUUUGCACUCCAAAAUCAGGAUGGCUCUUGGAAUCUCAGUCUACAGUUGGGAAAAAUCUUGAAAUUUGAUGUUGAGAAUUUAAUUAACAAUUUCCUUGUUAAAAAAGGCAUUCAGUCACUUGGUGCAAACAGAAAAGAAAAGCUGCUGCAGCUGAUUGCCACUCUGCUUGUGCUACAGUUCAUACGGUGCAGAAAGGAACUGAAAGGAAUAGUUUUCAAAACACUGAUGAAACUGGAUGGCUCAUCUAAUUCAAGUGGUGUUCAUUGGGCCUUUGAGUUGAUCACAAAAGCAACAGAGUGGGUAAGAAGAGCUGAGAAACAAUUUCCAUCUAUUUGCUAUCGACUUGAACUUGGGGAAGACUGGGAUUCUGCCACCAAAAAGAUACUGGGUAUCAAGCUUAUCUGA